ACGUAGAUAAUUUUUUUCAACAAAUCAAGUAUAAUUAUAUUAAAGAAAGCACUAGCGGAUACUAAAAAAAGGAUAAUGGAAAGAGAAGAUUUCUACAAAAUUUGAUUAAACACUAAAAAUAUUUUCGCAAAUUGGAAUUAUUGGAAGAAAAGUUUAAAACCACCCUCCAGGAUCCGCCAGUGAAAGAAAGCAUAUACAAAGCUAUUUUAACAAAUUAAUUUCACAUUAAUUAAUACUCUUCUAUACUUGAAUUCGAUUUCCUUUCAUUUCUAGCUUGAAAUCAUUUUUUUACUCUUCCAAAAAAUUUCUUAACUCGAAUGCACGUGUACUAAAAUGAGCGAAAUGCAGAAGAAAAUCGCGGAUCGAAUUGUAAAAUCCAAAAGCGAGUUUACGCCACUGGGAAGUUGGCGAAGUCGACGGUGGGGCACGCUCGGGCCCCAGAAGGGAGAAAACUCGUGGGGGCCUCUCGGCGGGUCCGUCCGUCAGCGGUUGAGCACAGGACUCCGGCGAGUCGCGCGAAACCCGGCGCUUCGCGAUCGCCGCAGGAGAGGAUCUUUCUCGGCUGGGGAAUAAUCCCGACGACGAGGAAGAGCUGGAGAGACCUUGUGUUUCCGAAUUGUGCGUCCUGCCGCGAAAAGUGAAUCCCUCGACCGGGAGGAUCGACGACCGGCAUGGAGAGAAGGCAGCAGCGUCGUCACCGUCGUGACUCGACCAGCUUCCAAGGUUGAAGGCCCAGCGCGCAUACAUAGCCGACAGCGGAAAAUAUGGGCUCGGAAGCCUGGGAGCUGGAGAGAAGAUACUCGGUGCCAGGAGCCCUGGACACUAGAGGACUGGAGCCGCCAGCCAGCGAGGAUUUGCACGCAUGGUCGAUUUACAGGCAAAACCUGAACUCGGACUUCACGGACUCCGCGCUCGGCUCAGCGGAGAAGUCGCCGCUGCCUUACGGGAAUUUCCAGCUCCGCGACUCCACGGUGCAGAGCAUCCUACGACAUCCGCGAUACGGGCCCAAGAGCCCACUCGCCAACAAUUCCUACACUUACUUGAAAUUCGGCCUGCCGCGAGUCUUGCCGCCCAGCUCGCGGAAUCGCGACGGCUCCAGCGGCUACGAUUCCAGCGAGGAAGGACGACGCGUAUCGCACGCAGGCGUCCCGGUGCAUUCGACGUCAGUUAUGCGCUCAGCCAGAAGCGAUCCGGACUUCAGGCACGUUCACGCGGUCCCGAGAGAACAAACGCACUCUCAAUUAACUGUCGCGAGGGAUCAUCCGAGGCUGAGGAGCGCGAGCGAAGCUAAUCUUCUACAAAGCGCAGUCAGGACCAAUCGGCGACACAGCAUCGCGCCGAUCGAUCCCGGAUACAUAACGCAUGGCCACCCGGGUAUCCUGGGACCGGAAGGUUACGCGCUGCCAUUGAGACCCGUGGCGUGUCUGCAGCAUCCUCACUUGCAGCUGCGAGGUGUGGAGGCUUCAGGCUCGGACGGACUGCCGCUUCUUCGUGGUGUCACCCUCGAGGCCGGUGCCGCCGAGCUGCUGGCCAUCAUGGCUACCACGGAGAAGGAAGGCACGCAGAUCGUCGAGACGAUCGCUGGCAGAAGACGCAUAAAGAGAGGCGAUAUUCUGCUCAAUGGAAGAUCCGUAUCGGCACGUACUCUGAGAUCUCGCGUUGCUUACCUGCCAACGGAGAGUGGUUUGAGUCCCGGACUGACGGCUCAGCAGACCCUGAACUUCUACAUGUUGCUAAGAGGCGGCCGCAACACCACCGCGCUGGAAGCCGAGGCCGUUCUGCAGGAGCUAGGCCUGGAGGCAACCAAGCACUGCCUGGUGAACACCCUGACGACCUCCGAGGCCCGACGACUGGCCUUAGCUUGUCGACUGCUGCAAGACUCGCACGUCCUCGCUCUGGACAGGCCCACGCACGGUCUGGACAUCUUCGACGCCUUCUUCCUGGUCGAAUACCUGAGGCAGUGGGCCAGUCGUGGCCAGCGGCUCGUCAUCCUCACCCUGCAUCCGCCCACGUACGAGAUCCUGACGAUGGUCUCGAGGGUCACGCUCACCUCCGGCGGCAGGAUCAUGUAUUCCGGGCUCAGGAGAGACAUGCUGCCAUAUUUCGCCCUCGCCGAGUUUCCCUGUCCACCGUUCAAGAAUCCGUCCGAUUACUAUCUUGAUUUGGUGACGUUGGACGACUUAUCGGCGGAAGCAAUGCUGGAGUCCUCGCAGAGGAUAGAUCAUCUCGCGGAAUUGGCCAGGUCGAGGUUACCUCCUCUCAGCGAUCCCGGUCCACCCGGCGCACUUCCGCCCUCGAGAUCCGGUCCCAAUAUAUUCCUGCAGAUUUACGCGCUAUUAUUGCGAACGCUCAUCUACAGUCAACCGUGGACGUUGACGCGACUGCUGCGAAAAAUCAUCAUCUCCGCGUCGCUCAGUAUUCUACUCGGUGCAAUAUUCUGGGAUGUUGCUGGCGAGUCAAAUUUACAUCUGAGAGACAGAAUAGGCUAUCAUUACGCUAGCUUUGGCAUCUUCUUCUGGCCCCUGAGCCUUCUGGCCAUGUGCGACGUAGCCAACACCAGGCCGAACAUAGAGAGAGACAUCAGGGAUGGGUUGUACAACAGAUUUAUUUACAUCCUCGUAGAGCUCAUCUGCAGCGUCUCGUCCUGGUGCGUGAUUUACCUGAUAUACCUGGCGCCGGCGUACGCCAUGUCCGGGCUGCACCUGGCUCCGGAUGAGAACCUGACGUCACUGUGGCACUAUCUCGCCAUCGGUCUGUUGUACCUGAUGCUGCAGCACCUCGGCUGCACCUUCUUCGCGCACGUCUGCGAAUCCACGUACACGGCGGCUCUGCUCGCCGGUCUGAUAGUGGGCGAGAUGAGUCUGGCCGGCGGAGUGACCCUGCAUCUGGACAAUCUUCCGUCGUGGUACCAGCGGAUCAGCGCGAUGCAGUGGUCCCUGUCGCUCCUGCUGCCGCGGCUGUACAGAAGCGAAAGCAUGAACAAACUGGCGAACUGCAGGCCCAAGCAGAUCCAGCGGCAGGACAUUAUCAUCCAGGCGGCCUGCGAGCCGCCCGAUGGCGCCUUGGCUCUUCGCGAGGUCGGCCUCGACAAGCUGAACAUACGCAGCGAAUUGUGGCUGGGCUCCGGCGUGGCAAUCGUGGCCUCUCUCAUCAUUCUGGGCUUCCUGUGCGUCAAAUACGCGACGCCGAAGAGGCCCAGAAGCGCUCCGAACAAACCCUGACUCUCCGCUACGCGAGAAUCCACGUGGCAAACUGACAUCGCGAAACGUCAAAAUGACAUAUGCUUGCUACCCGAGAAGACAUUCAAUUCGCGAGUUGAUCUAAAUAAGCGGACUUUUAAUCUUCGUCUCGUGAAGCUGUUCUCGUCAGUCAUUUGGAAAAUAUAAUGGAUUCUAGAAAAAUCUCUUCUCUUGAAGAUCGAAGAUGUCAGACGAUGAUUUCUUUGGGUUACGACGAACGAAACGUCUUAAAUUUAAUUCUCUCUCUGAGACAGCCUUUCAAUUCAGUGUGCCAAAUGGCUAAAAUAAAUAAUAUUUCUGCGAAAACUGAGAUUUUUGAGAUGUUUCUUUAUUUUUUGUAUAUACUGAAAAAAUUUAUUGAAUUCAA